GUAGAAUUGACGAUUACGGCGCUGAUCUUCCACGUCGCAAAUAGCAAUGGUAGGCUAUUGUAUUAUGUCGAAGCGUGCAGUCCGGUGUCGGUAUUGAAGUGUAUGGUUGGGAAGUGAGGGAAAUCUGUAUUUAUAACAGAAAAGGUGUUUUAAACAAGGCGAAACAAAAUGAAGAACUUUAGCAUUUUUUUGUUAUUAUUCAUUUCACCAAUUAUUCUCACCGCGAAUCGAGCUUAUGCCCAAGAAGAUGAAAAUAUAGAUGACAUAGUAGAUGUCGAAGGUGAAGACAAUUCUGUAAUAACAGAUGAAGAACCAGAAGAAGAACCAACUACUGCAUCGUCUGAUGCUGACACUACUAUAUUGUUUACUAGACCUGUUUAUAACGGAUUGUCUACAUUGGAAUUACCAGCUGGAAAUCUAGUUGAGUUACUUAUUGGUUUUACCAACAAGGGUGAAUCAGAUUUUGUUCUAGAAUCAUUGGAUGCUUCUUUCCGUUAUGCAAUGGAUUUUAACUUCUACAUUCAAAACUUCUCAACUGUUACAUACAAUAAAAUUGUGAAACCAAAACAAGAGGCAACAUUAGCAUAUUCAUUCAUUCCAUCUGAAAACCUAGCUGGCAGGCCAUUUGGUUUUAAUAUUAAUCUGAACUACAGAGAUUCUAAUGGCAUCAAUUUCAGUGAAGCUGUUUAUAAUGAAACAGUCCAAAUUGUAGAAUUAGAUGAUGGUCUCGAUGGAGAAACAGUUUUCUUGUAUGUAUUCCUUGCCGCAUGUGUAAUACUUACACUCGUCGGAGGUCAACAACUUCUUUCGUCUCUCGGUCGUAAAUCUAGAUCUUCUACUUCUCGUAAAGUACCUAUAGAAAUGGGUACAUCCAACCCUAACAAUGUAGAUUAUGACUGGAUACCAAAAGAAACUUUAAACCGGCUCAACAAAUCUCCAAGAACCCCAAAACAGAGUCCAAGGCAGCGAAAAGCAAAACGAACAGGUGGUUCUGAUGACUGAAUUAUAUUAAUGUGUAUGUAUAUAUUAUUUAAAGAGAGGUAGAUAGGAAAUGCGGUAUCACAUUUGUAACAAUUUUGUAACGAACAUUAUGAAGUCUUUCUAUGAAUAACAGCAGAGAACAAAACAUCUCAUGAAAUGCUCAUUUAAGUAAUUGGGGAUAAAAAUGUUCCAAUACGAUUAUUUUGAGAUUGUGAUCUAAUGAAUUUGUAAUUACUCUGUGAACCAUACAUUUUAACAAAUACUUAGCUAUUUUUACAAAUCCAUAAUGUCUUCUAUGAAAUUUGACCAUAAAGAAUUGAAGUAUUCUAUUUAAAGAAUAAUGUAUUGCAUACAUUUUCCACAUAAUUUAUUACAAUGGCAAAGAUUGUGGUACAUGUACACAUAUUUUGUAUGUUUUGUUAGUUUUAAUUUAAGCAAAUAAAAAAUACAAGUAAUUUUGUAAA